AAAAUUCCCUCUGUUUUUUCCUUUCCAAUCCAGACGCUCUCCGAAGUGCCCAUCCCCAUCCGCAUCACUUCCCUGUCCUCGCCAUCCGGAGCGGGUGCGACCGCAGGAUGUUUUCCGCCCUGUUGCGGAGGGCGGGUUCCGUCACCUCGCGCUUGACCGCGCGCGUCCCCUGGAUCAAGAGCCUGCGCAUGAACUUCAUCCUCAUCCACUAUGUCUAUAUCAUCGCGGUCAGCCUGAUUGGCUCCAUCAUCAUCUAUCCCGGUACUCAGUUAUCCUACAUCGAUGCUCUGUUCCAAUCCGCGGGUGCCGCCACCCAGAGCGGGCUGAACACCGUCAACCUUAACCAGCUGCACACCUACCAGCAGAUUAUCCUGUACCUGGUCUCGAUGCUGACCACCCCGAUCUUCAUCCAUACCGUCCUUGUGUUCGUCCGCCUCUACUGGUUCGAAAAGCGCUUCCAGCACGUCGUCAGCGAUGCCAGAGCUCUCCGUAACACCCGGUCCCGACUCCGCACCAUCAGCGAAGACAAGGAUGGACAGUCCUUCUCUCAGGAGGAGGCUGGUAUCGCGGGCCGCUCCAUCGUCGUCUUGCGCGACACCCUGAACCAACCUCGAGAUCAGCAGGAUGGCGCCAAGCCUCCUCGCGAUGGCGACUCGCCGCCCGCCUCCCCUACCACCGGCAAGCCAGCGCCGCUCCCCAGCGAGGACCCGGAUAGUACACUCAAUCGCAAGCUGGGCGUCGGAUUGGGCAAUGGACUCGGCAGUCUGCGUGUGCCGGCGCAGUUGGGCCCCGAACACCACAUCGCGUUUUUGGAGAACCAGCGGAGGAACAAAGGGGCUCUGCGCAUUCCCAGCCCUCGGGAAUACGACAACGGCGGCGUGCCACAGGUCCUGGAGGAGGAUGAGCCCGUUGGGCCGUCCCGUCGCUCAUACCAGCCCGAGCGGAUUCCAGGGGACGUAAACGGCGGGAUCAAGGAGGAAAACGAGAAUGACGACGAAGACGACGAGGAGGAGGACGAGGUGAACACCCCGCGGAGAUUGGAUGGACCGCACAUCACCAUCAACGAGCCGGAUAUGAUGCCCUCGAGGACGCGGAACUCCACCUUCCCCCGCCUCGAUACUCGCCCGACCUUUCGGGAGACGAAGGACGAAGGCGAUCCCUCCGCGCUGGUCCGCUCCACGACGCGGCGACCCACCUUCAAUAGCAUCUUUCGAUCCCUCACCCAGGAACGCGAUCGGCCGACGCAGCCGUACCUGAGCUGGAAUGCGACCGUCGGCCGGAACUCCAACUUUGUGGAUUUGACUGAGGAGCAGCGCGACGAGCUCGGCGGAAUCGAAUACCGGGCUUUGAAGACGCUGGCGGUGGUCUUGAUAUCGUACUAUGUCUUUUUCCACAUCCUGGGCAUCAUCUGUCUCGUGCCCUGGAUCAUGACAACGCAUUGGGGCAAGGUUGUUACGGCGGACGGCCAGGGCCGUCCGUGGUGGGCCAUCUUCGUGGCCCAGUCGGCCUUCAACGAUGUCGGCUUCUCCCUCACGCCAGACUCGAUGGCGUCGUUCCAAAGCGCCAUCUUUCCGCUCCUACUGAUGACAUUCUUGAUCAUCAUCGGCAACACGGGCUUUCCGUGUAUGCUGCGGCUCAUCAUCUGGGUGGCAUCGAAGGUUGUGCGCCCCGAGACCCCCCUGUGGGAGGAACUACGCUUUCUGCUGGAUCACCCGCGUCGAUGCUUCACUCUGCUGUUCCCUAAGAACGCCACCUGGUGGCUGUUCGCGAUCCUGGUGGCCAUGAACGGGAUCGACCUGAUCUUUUUUAUUAUCUUGGAUCUGAACGAUCCCACCGUCACGUCCUUGUCUCCCGGAAUCCGGGUCCUGGAUGGGUUGUUCCAGGCAGCCUGCACCCGAACGGCUGGGUUCACCGUGGUGACGGUAUCCGACCUGCACCCGGCGGUACAAGUAUCCUACUUGAUCAUGAUGUAUAUCUCCGUGUUCCCCAUUGCCAUCUCCCUGCGACGCACCAACGUCUACGAGGAAAAGAGUCUCGGAAUCUACGCCUCCGCCGAAGACGAAGCGGAGGAAGCCCAGACCGCGCCCAGUUACAUCGGGGCGCAUUUGCGCAAACAGUUGAGUUUCGACUUGUGGUACGUGUUCCUGGGCCUGUUCAUCAUCGCCAUUGUCGAAGGCAGUCGCCUGCAGUCGCAAAACGAGUAUUCCUUCCAGAUCUGGUCCGUGCUAUUCGAGGUCGUCUCCGCCUACGGCACCGUCGGCCUGUCUUUGGGCUACCCCGGCAUCGACGCCUCCUUUUCCAGCGAAUUCAAAACCCUCUCCAAGCUGGUCAUCAUCGCCAUGCAAGUCCGAGGCCGUCACCGCGGCCUCCCUUACGCCCUCGACCGCGCCAUCCUCCUCCCCUCUGAGUCUCUGAACCAGAACGAGAUCGCCGACGCGGAGCGCCGUAUGCGCCGUCGCGCCUCUAGUCUCAGCCAGAUGUCCAUGAGCCCGUCCCAGCCUCGACCCGAUCACGGCGCCUCUACCAGUAUGGACCCCAAAGACCGCUCUAACCAGCCCUGGAUGAAUGGCGAUAUCAUUCGUCGCCAGUCUACCAUGCGAUCGCAACGCUCGCAGCGCUAACUUAACUUCCUCCUCCAUCCAUCCAUCCUCUUUCCAAUCCUGCUAUAUCUCUUAUAUCUCAUUUUUCCAUUUUGGUUAGGAGGCCGUCUGUCUCU